CUCUCUCUCUCUCUCUCUCUGACCACGUCCACAGACAAACCCAGGAGACGAAAAGAGGCCAAACUAUGAAGCUAUAACGAUCACUAACCGAGCAUUUGUCACGGUUGCUCCAUGAGUUUCGCGUUUUUCUCGGUGUUUUCAUUUCUGCUCUUACUUUGAAAGGAUCGUUCCACCGUCAAAUUCUGCACGCAGCUCGGAGAAAGAAAAAAAAAGUUUUUUUGGCCACUUUUUUUUGACAAUUCGCGGAGUAACACCGAACUUUUUUGUCGGUGAAUUGUUCUAUUUGUUACAUUCCUCGUCGUUUGCAGUCAGGACGACGGGAACUGUGUACAUUUAGUGUUUUUAAAACUCUUGUUUUUUUCGGGAGGAGGAAGUUUGCAGAUAGAAGAAUGCUGCUCCAGCUCCUCACCCUGGUCUGUGGUCUCUGCUGCUUUGGGUUUACCUCAGUAUCUGCAAAUGUACUUAAAGCAGAGGUAAGUACAAUGGGAUGAAAAUAAGUCAUUACAUCAAUGCAAAUAGGCACAAUUGAGGUUUUAAUGUGUCACAAUUGAAGUAAUAUCUUGUUGUAACUCAUAAUUGGUGAGUUUUCCAAUGUAAGUUUCUUCUAAGAUGUGUAUUUAUAAUGUUCUGUCGCAAAAAAACAAGUAUUACAGUGCAUUUUUAGCCUGCUUUUCUACUGUCCAAAGUGUCUCCAAUGUUUACUAGAUUUUCCUUCAUCUUGGAACAGCCAGAGAGGGAUUGUUUAUGUUCCCUUGGUGUUUACUCCUCUUCCUCCAAACACUCCUGACCUUUCUGCACCGAAAGCUGUUCAGAGGAGUUCAAACCGUAACAAGAGAUGAGAGGAAAAAAUGUCAUGAGUCUGAACUCUUGUGGCUUUGGAAGGAGGGGACAGAAACCUCAGCUGAGAUGCUUUGUUCUGGGUAGAAGAAGGAGAAAAAAAAUGGGGUGGUGUUGGUAGUGGUGGUGGUGGUACAGGGGGAGGGAGUGGGCUAAUAGUUUUCAUCUGCUUGUGUGUAGACUGUAUAGGCCUUGAAGCUGCAAAAGUAGCCAGACAUGAGGCCUCGGGUUGUUAAACUCCAACCUGGAGACGAUGAAGUGCAGUUUAACCUUCACCUGAGGAACAUACUUCAUGAUUAAGUCUCACGCAUCCUUGUAAACGACUGCAAACAAGCACCAACGGGCGCCUCUUUUACUUUGACUGCAUCAGAGUUAGUAAUACUUUCAGGUACUGCAGUUUCUCUGUAAGACAGGAUGCUCCAGCUGUCACAGGAAAUUAAUUCAUGAGGCAAAAAAAAGUCAAUUCACCUGGUGAAGUUGCCCAAGAGUCUUCUGCCGUAGUUUGCGUGGACAGGAUGCACAGAGGAGGACCUUAGUCACUGACCGCAAGUGGCUGGCGUGUGAGUCAAGCCAGACGCGGUGGAUAACUCACAGACAGUUUACAAGAGGCCCUCCUGUGGCGGGACUCACCGGGGCAGUGAUGAAUGUCUGCAAAUUAAACUGUUUGCAGGAGAUUUGUCUGAAGCAGAUGUAGGAUAAUACCCCUAAUGUAAUAACCCACUGUGAGUGCAUGUCCUGUCUGCUCCUGAGUAAACUUUAUCCGACUCUACGCUGUCGAUACAAUGCUUUCAGACACAUAAUUCAAUCCUGAUGCAGAAAGAGGAUAAGAGUUAAUGAUGGGGUCAGGGUUGCGUCACUGGAGGGGUGUUUGUGAACCCUAUGAUCUAAAGAGAGACAUGUUUGGAGAAUGCAGAGACAGAACAACAAGCGAGUGGCGCAAAUGUUAAUUAAAGUUGAUGAAACUCCUCGUUAGAGAAGAGGGAUUCUUGUGGUCGGUAGCAUUGCUCAAUAUCUGAACAUCCUUGUUUGACUUCUGUCUUGACAACUUUUUCUGUGCUUCAGGAUACCUGCUCCUUCAGGGCCUCCAGCAUCUGUUUCCAGUCACCUCUAUUUUGCCUUGUCUAACCCUUCUUCGCUUAAAUAAAAAGCUUAGUCGGACCUUGUGAGCAAAGGAAGUGGGCAGAAAAGAAAACACCGGCGUCUAAAACAGGAUCUCUCCGUAUCUGGUUUGAGAUUUCCCGUUGCCAUCUGGAGACACAUGUCUGCUGAUCCCAUGCAGAUCUGGUCAAAACACAUCUGGCUUCGUUUCUCUUUUUAUCUCGACUUGAGUGACUGUGGAGGGAGCAUCAAAAGAAAGAGUCUCCACUGUGCAGCGGUAGUCAUUCAAGAAAUGUCAAAAUAAUCAGCUGGAUCGGCCUUAACGAGAAGCUGAUGGACUUCAAGUGAGGAAAGGGAGGCUUAUCUUUGUACACACUCCUGAGACACAGUCCUUGUUAAUGCUGGAGACCAAAAAGAGAGAGCAAGUUUUGGAGAUAGAUGGAUUUUUCCGUUUUGUCUCAGGUGGUUGAUCAGGCUUAACUUGAGGGCCAGAUGUUGCAGAGUUUGAAGGUUUUUCCGACCACCUGUUAGAGGUGCAGACUUGUACAGAUCUUUGAAAAGAUCCCAGACAGUGGUGGAAAGUAACUUGGUUUAUUUUUAGUAGGAUUAUUUGAGACAGUUGACGCUUGUAAACGGCUUUAUUUCUGGGAGGAUUAACAUGAAAAUUCAACAUGAAAACAAUACUUUUGGCGUGACAUAUGCAAAUGGCCAAAAUGGGCCGAAAACAGCGGAAUAACUCUUUAACCGUGUGUCUGAGAGAACAGUCCAAGCACGCAAAAUCAAAGAUCUUGUUAAGAUGAAUGUGCCUGUGAAAUUUGGGGCAGAUCGGAAAAAGUCGAUGUUCGUGGUGCUCUGUAGGGGGCGCUAGCGAGCCAUUUUUUAUCGCUUUUUGGGGUCACUUGAAUACAUUGCGAUUUUUAGAGGUUGUUCAGGGGGUCAAAUUUGCGUUUUUGGAUGUGGAAUGAUAAUAAUAAUAAUAAUGGAGAACCCCUUGGAUUACAAUAGGGCUUCACCGCAGAGCUGCGUUCUCGGCUCGGGCCCUAAUAAAGAAAAUGACCAGGAGUCAAGAAAGGCUGGUUAGUCAGGGCCUGGGUUCAAAAGGCCAAUUAGAAAAUAAACAAAAAAGUCUUUAGACACUGCAGGCAGCCUCAUCAGUGUUGCUCCAAGUCACCUGAUUAAUGGUACACGGCAUAUGAGCAAUGGGAGUGAAUGAGGCUAUAACUUUUUAUGUGUUUGUUCACAGAUUUUCUGUUUGGCUUGUAACUGAGUCUGUCCACAAACAUAAAAAUAUGCUGCCGGACAGUUCUGGGAAGGUGGUAGAAAUGUUAUUUUUGAGCCCCGUGCCUUAACUGUAGCUGCUACUCUCAACCACCUGCUCUAAAUUUUCCAUUCCCGGAGUCGCCCUGGUCUUCUCUUAAUCGUAAAAUGUUUUUCUUACAUCCUAAAUGACAGCAGGUCAAAUCAUAAACAGUUACUGUGUGUUAUUUAUGGGCUUUCUGCAUUGGCUUUUAACAAACCAGUACUAGUUGAACACUACUAAUAUGGACUGAAGUAUCACUUUAAUGCAGGUCAACUUGAAUAUGAAGUAUUUAAACUGAGAAAAGAUUAUGUUUUUUUCGGACUGUAAGGCGCACUUAAAAUCCCUAAAUUUUUUAAAAAAUUGACAGUGCGCCUUAUAAUCCAACGCGCCUUAUGUAUGAUUACUUGUGCUUACUAACUGAUUUUAUGUGGAACAAUGCGCUCAAAAAUCCGUCAAAAUGUGUAAGUACGGCUUUGACAAGCGACAAAGCCGCUCCUCUCAAUGGUUAUUACAGUAUGCUGUGUCACUACCUGAUCAGCCCCAUAACAGGACCCCUGAGCAGUCUACAAGACUGCCUGACUGUAAUGUCUAAAGUCGAGGUGCAUUAAUGUAAGGCAGCCUGGGCCCGGAGACGCGCUAGCAACAAUAAACCAAUUAAUACGGCAUUGCUUAAUGCGCGUUAUGUUUGAACAUAGACACGUUAAUUCACAGUGCGCCACAUUAUCCCGCUGUGUCCUAUCGCCCGAAAAAUACGGUAGUUAAAGUUGUGGAAGUUAGGGCCUGUGUCCACUGACAGCAGAUUUUGUACCGUUUUAGUCCCUGAAUGUCUGGUACAGUGCUAAUGCUAAUGCUAAUGUUGCCAUUUACAGUAUUGAUUCUUUUUCAACUUAUAAUCUACACACUUUCUCAAUAAUGGCUCGACUAUGACAUUUGUCUCUGAUUGGUUAUGGAGAAGAAAUCUAGACUAGAGUGACCGUAUGUCUUCUUUUACCCAGACAUGUCCUCUUUUUUGGGGGGCUGUCCAGGCUUGUCCGGCUUUGUCUGAGAAAGUUUAUACAACCCUUUAAAUGUCCACGGUUUUGUACGAGAGUUUUGCUUUUGUGUCACGUGGACAUACUGAGUUAGAAGCGCAUAAAAAGACACUCGAUCCGACCUGAAAAACUCUUAAAAUUAACUUUGUGCAACUCUGAGACUCCGCCCCCGUGUGGUCAUGUCCUCUUCUUGGGAAGUCAGAAUAUGGUCACCCUCAUCAAGACGAAAAUUAGAAAUACUUCUUUGCACAUAACCAGCCACGUUUUGUUGUGUUUGUUUUGAAUUGUUGACGCAGAAGCGGUGUGUUGUGUGUUAUGCUUUCAUCAUCACUGCUGUUUCUCUCCAGCCGCGUUUUAAUGCACCAGUUACUCUUUUAUACGACCUGUUUGACCCAUUAUAGCUGUUAAUGCAGUCAUAAAUACUGCAUGCCACUGGUGUGACUGGGAGCUAACUGGGUCAGAGACGCCAAGAAAUGAAGGCGAUGUGAGAUUCAACCACUCAUGAGCCCGAUCCCCAGUUUUUUUCCGUUGGCACCGAGCGAGAGGAACAACUGACUCAGUCUCUCAGAUUGAAACGCGGCCAUACUUCUAACCUCUCUCUCCUCCUUUUCUUUCACCGCUCUUCCUCCUAAUGUCUUUACCUCUCCCCUGUUAACGUUACUCUGCACGGCAGAUCAUUUACCCUCUCCUCUGUCCAUUUUUUCCCUCUCUACUGGUCUGAUUUAGGGAUCCAACGAAACUGUCUGGCGGGAGAAAAACACUCAUGAUGAACUUUUCCAAGAAGCAGCCUGAAGCAAAUAGUGUUUGGACACUUGGCAGCGUUAUCGUACACAAAAAACAAUCUCCAGCUUUGCUGAACAGACACAUAAUUGCAGGACACAGUCUAUACAAAGCGAGCAAAGUGCUGUAAACUUAAAUCUCUCAACACAAGCUGCCUCAUCCACUUAAUUUCUGCUUUCUUUGUUGCGUACACCCACAUGAUUGAUGUCACACAGUUUCACUUCCUAUAAAAAUGUUGUCAUUCUUUUGUUUGUGACCGCAGCAGCUAUAAAUGCACGAGGGAAUUUUUUUGUUUAUGACUGACAGGAUCUUGUGGUCGUCUUCUUUUUUUUUUAUUGCGCAUCCGGAAAACAAAUCAUGGCUCAGGCUCACAAGACUGUGAGCAAACGUAUGUGACAAUAUGCUGCAAACACAUUUCCUGAGACAUGACGUAUGUGAUUCCUGUCGCAAUCGACACUAAAAAGUGGUUUUGUAUUGUCCAGUACAAAUAAGGUAACUUAGCAGAAGCAGUAAAGCUGUAUGUUUACAUUUUGUUAGCUUUAGCAUCAGCUGAUUUAACAAGUAAAGGUCCCUACACACAGGGAACGACGCAAGUAUACGACACGAAAUUACGAAAUAUUCGGAGGUGAAUUUUGACGCGCCUGACUAUACACAUUAAACGAAAUGCGAUUUUGCGACUUUCCGGGGAGAAAAAAGAUGCGUCCCAGGUGUAAGGGCUCAUCAACAGCAGACUGACUGUUUUUCAGUUCUGAUUAGACUCUAGUGUUAAGAUGUCUGUCUGUAAUGAUAGCAUGUACUGAGUCAGGGCCAGAACCAGAUAAGCACAUUAAACUAUAAUCCAUAAACGUAAGGUAACAACCGAGACCUAACGGUGCUGUGACAGCAACGUGAUUGAGUUUGAGACAGUGAAAAUACAUAUGGUAUGUUGUAUCUGAACAGGUUAGCUUACGAACUAAAGUUACUUAGCACAGAUGAAAGUUAAAACAAAGACGUUUAGCAAACUGUUAAAACACAUAAACUAUCGUCAUAUGAGAAAUCCGACGCUAUGACUCUCCACAAGUUGUCCUUCAGGUUGUUAUCUUUGUAAUAUUUGUGUUUUUUUAUCAAAAAGCACUCUGUUCUCCGACACGAAAACAACCAGCCGGUCGGACAUGUUGGAUAUACCGGUGAAUCUGACAACAACAUGCAAUCUGAUUGGUCAGAAGUGGACACACAGUAUGUGAAACUUUAGAAAAAUCAACCGUGAUGCGAAAAAAUAAAUGCCGCAAUAUCGCAGGACGGGAAAACGUUGCUGAUGUGAACGCUUGUAUUGACAGGAUAUGGGUUCGCACGUAAAAAACGGACCCGGUGUAAAAACCUUUAGUCCUAGUUUAUCAUCUGAAACUUAAAGAGAUGAUAAAACGGGCUUUUUGAGCUUUUGCUUGAGCAAUUUUGUGCUUAUAAGUGUGCGCCAGAAAUUAGCCAAACUAGCCAAGAAAAACAGGCACUGAAACAACGGCAAACCCAGAGUUCCUCCUAUUGAAGAUUUACUUUUGACUUCCAAACAUUAAACCGAGGUAUUGUAUUCAAGAGAAUUUUACAGGUUUUACAGAGUUUGGGGGAAAUGGGGGGUUAAUGGGGGCCCAGCAGCUUGUUUUAGCCCCAGGGUCUUCUCUACAGUUGGCACAGCCCUGGAGUUUUUAUCAAUUUGAUCUUGUUCUGUUUGCGAUACACUACAAGUUCAAAACGGCAACUGAUGAUUAUUUAAACAGUUAUAUAAAUCUAGUGUUUGAUAUUUUGUCAUUACUUUUAUGUAUUUAUCCAACAAGUACCGCAAGUAAUGAGACAUCUGCAAAUUAAAAGCUGCAAAUAUGAAUUCUGAUGUAUAAAUUUGCUGUCACUUUCUCUGUACAUUGAUUAUAAAUGUUGUUGAAUGUGAAAAAUAAGCGUCAGAGUUUCCACAAGGCCUCUAUUCUGUCCUGGCAACAGUUCAGACUCCUAUCAUUUCAGUCCACAAGAAUUUAACUCAAGAAAAAGCUGCAAAUACUCUCAAAUUACAUCGCCAAAUAAAUAACCCUCUUCGUCAGAUGGUUGAGCGCAGCAAGGUCACAGAAAACGACCUCCUCGUCUACUUUACAUCAUGCUUGUCGGUGCUGUAUGUAUAUUCAGACCUCACGUCAUUGCACACACACACACACACACACACAAACACACUACACAGACUCAGGGGUGUGUUUACCAAACCAGCAGCCAACCCCCCCCUCUCUGACCACACAUGGCCGUGUAGUUGGCUACCCGGCUUCACCGAGGCCAACAAUACCAGCCAUGUACGAGCUUCAAUAAAUAGAAGCUUUGAUGGCGGCUGCUGGGAGAUCCAGGGAGGAGGGGUGCAUGCUGGGAUACCUGGCGUCGUAACCGGAGGUGGUGGUGGUGUGCGGAGCGGAGGGAGAGAAGUGGAGGUCUUCAACGGUGUGGGGGGAGACUGUUCGCGGGAGUGUUUUUAUAGAAGCAGACGCGUCUCCACGCCGGAGCCGCAGGAACACUAGCAGCAGUCAGCGCAGAGGAGGAGGAAGUAAAUCUGAUCGCUGUUAGAUCCUGAUUGACUCUCAGACAGUUUAGGGAUUAAUUAGAUUAACUAGAUGCCCAAAUAAUCCGGAUAAAUCUCAGGGAACUCAUGAGGGUGGUUGGAGUCGAGUUGAGGAAAAACGGGGGGAAGAGUCGCCUCCGUGGGUCGUCAUAAGCGAACCUUGUUCCCUGGCCUCUCUGCCCACCACAUGACUAACAGUAGCUGUGUGUGCCGAGCCAGCACAAGGCCAGGUAGACCUGCUCGGGCUGUUCCCUCCCCUCUCUCUCCCCCUCUCUCUGUGCUUUUCCUUUCGCUUGUCGGAGGAAGACUUAAAGAGAAAAGCAGCGCAACCAACGGCACAUAAAAGAUAUCUGAGGUUUCGAUGACGCCGCUAACGAAGGAAUUUAGGGCAAUUCUAGCGACUUAACCCGUGGUGAAGAUGAAGACAUGUGUUAACUCAGUUUGUGUGCGUGGUUACAUAAGUGGAAACACAUUUCAGAUAGAUUAAAGACGACACAAGAGGGGAGGGGAAGUAGAGACAAGUCUUGGAUGUUUGGAAACUAGGACCAGUCACCUUGGAGUCAGCUACGAUUGCUAGCGUUGGUUAUUUUACCAAAAACCGACAGGAUAACCACGAUUCAAGAAGUUGGCGGUAGAGCGAAUUUCGCGGACUGUUCCUUUAAGAGACCACCAGCAGUGGGCAGUGGAAAGAAUAGACUUUCGUUUCAUGUGUUAAGAUAAAUAGUGGUGGUUUUGGUCGACAGAAAAAGAGGGAGGAGGAGGACAGACGUAGACAGAAGCAGGGGGAUCUUAAAUUCAAGUUUAGAGGAACCCAAAUGUUGCUGAAAAUGUGACUUUUUUUUUUUUUUUCCAGCCUUAUGACCGCCAGUUGUCUUUGGCUGUGAUAGUCUAGACAGCCUUCUGGGUCACCGUGGCUAAAAUGACAUCAGUGUUUUCAGAUCCUGUGUUUAAUUUGGCUCUCAGUUCCCCUCUCAUCCCUCCUUAUGACCCCACAACAAAGUCCCCCGUAAUAGAUUUCGCCUAAAUCACAGGGGCAUGUGAGGAUUCGCUGUUGGUUUCUAAGACUUUAUUAGCCUCAUAAUGUCACAGUCGCAUAAGAAAAGACUAUAAAUGUGGCAUUUUUAGCUACUUUAGUGUGGGACACAAAAAAAACCCAAACACACACUCACAACCUCUUUAGUUCCUUUAUUUGCUCUACGAUCAGCGUGAAACAUCACGGCUGACAGACGCAGGUUCAAACAAGCUCUGAAAAAAACGACUGAAAGUGAAACACCCACGCUUCAACGCUGGCGACCAACCCCGUCUUUUUUGUCUACUCUGACUUUUUUGUGCGAUGUAUUCAGGUGGUGUUUGUGUGUUUUCUGGCACGUCUGACACAGGAGCUGACUUGCACAGUCGAUGUGAAUGAUUCGUCGGAAAGCUCCCGGUUACAGCGGAGUACAAAAAAAGCCUCAGUCACAUGUUUGUACUUUGGCGGAUAGAUGGGACAGCUGCUAUGGAGUCAUUUCUCCAGUGGUACAAUGUCAAUGGUUCUGUUUUUUUUUUUUAUUAUAUAUAUAUUUUUACAUCUUUUAGUCUGUCCUUUAAUUACUUUUAAUGUCUGAAAAUCACAAAUUCAAUUCUUUAAAACUGGAUUUUUGUAGUUUAGGUCAUCUACAUCAUGUCCUCAGUCUGUAUUCACAUGAAAAGACAACAUGAUGUGCAAAAAUAUUUAAUUAUUACAAGAAAAAAAAGUGUUUUUAACUUUAUAGGUUGUUGUAUUUUUAUAUCUUAUCUCAUUAUGCACAUCUCAAAGAGUUUACAGAGCGGGGUUACUUGUAUAAAACUUUGAAAGUUGUGAAACUUUUGGCUAACGAAGUGAAAAUGUGCGACUUAAGUUACAGCAUCAAAACAAAAAAAAUGACACAAGUUGAUAUAAACCUUUUAAAAGUCGAAUCUAAAGGAACUCACCUCCCUGGUCCGUGUACUUAGCUUAAUGAAAAAACAAAAAUCGGGACACGAGCCGUCAAAACAGAACAUUAUUUGUGUAUUUUUAAUCAAAAUAAACCGUGUGAAAAUCCAUUGAGAAACGAGCAGGAUAUUUGUUUUCCAUGUACGCCUAAUGCCUUUAAUGGGAACGUUGCCCUCACCAAGAUGGCGGCUAUGUAAGCACGUCGCUAAGUGGGCCACAACAGCGCGCUGGUGUAGCUAGUAUCUGUGCUAACGGGAGCCUCUCGCUCAGUCGCUCCGAGUCACAACUUCCGGUCGCAACAAAUAAGUGAAUAAAACUUGAAACAUGAGAUUUCGACGCGCAAAUUUUGAUCGUAGAUUUCCGUUUAAAGCCACAUCACAGAAAGUCAAAUGCUGAGUUGUUUUUUCAAUCUCCGAUUUUUAUUAACAAAACGAAAAACGGUUUGUUUUCCGUUUUUUCAAUUCCUUACUGAUCGUAGGGAGGCUGACGAAAAUCCGUUGGCCGCCACGUACACGGAGCCCUCCCUGUUUGUUCUGCUUUUAACACAUUUUUUUCUCAAGUCUUGUCUUUAAAACAUUUAAGUUUUGAUCAAAAUCUCAACAACAACAUGGUUUUAAUUAUUGUCCUUCGCUUUCUUGUAGGCAUGGUUGCAGCAGUAUGGAUACCUGCCUCCAGGUGAUGUCCGAGCUCAGGCCAUCCGCUCGCCAAAGUCCAUCGAAGCCGCCAUAUCAGCCAUGCAGAGGUUCUAUGGUUUGACCGUCACCGGAUCCAUCGACAGCAACACGUUAGAGUGAGUCCUGGUGAACAGAAAGUUGAGGUUAUUAUCUAAAGAAAGUUCUGUCAUUUAGAGGAGCUGAAUUAUUCUGUUUUCCAGGGCGAUGAGCAAGCCGCGAUGUGGCGUCCCUGACAAAUUCGGCCCAGAGUUAAAAAGCAACCUGAGGAGGAAGAGAUACGCCGUCCAGGGUUUGAAGUGGGAGAAGUCUGAGGUGACAUUCAGGUAAAGACGACCAAAGUUUCACCUGCCGAAUUUGUUAAACUUGAAAUGAAGUUUGACGCUUUUUAAGAUUGAAAUCAAAACUCGAAAAGUUUGUUUCAGAGUCCAGAAAUCUACAUAAUAUUGGCGGGUUUGCGUUUUUAACUCUAAUUCACUAAAACCAAGACUAAGAUUAGAGAUUAAUCGAGAUCAGGCUUUUAUUUUAACCACCAAGUUGUUCGAUGUGAAAACAAUUGGCUUGGCGUUCUUGGUUCCUUAAUGGUUUCCCUGUCUGACGUCUGUUUGAACAGCAUACAGAACUACACCCCGAAGAUCGGCGAACGAGCCACGAAUGAGGCCAUCCGAAAAGCCUUCAAGGUUUGGGAGAGCGCCAUCCCGCUCACCUUCAGAGAAAUCCCCUACAGCCACAUCAGAGACAAGGUCGACAAGUUUGCAGACAUCAUGCUCUCUUUCGCCGAUGGUUUCCACGGUGAUAGCACGCCGUUUGAUGGCGAGGGCGGCUUCCUGGCUCAUGCUUACUUCCCUGGGAACGGUAUCGGGGGAGACACGCACUUUGACCUUGCUGAGCCAUGGACAACUGGCACCGUCGACCAGGGGGGUAAGACAGAGAGGAGUUCGUGAUGUGUCGUAGAUCGUAGAUGGAAACCAAAUACGAAACUUGAUUCUUUCUCUUCUUUCCCGAAGGUAACGAUGUUUUCCUGGUGGCUGUCCACGAACUGGGUCACGCUCUGGGUCUAGAGCACUCCAACGACCCCUCCGCCAUCAUGGCGCCUAUCUACCAAUGGUUUGAGACGGAAAACUUCCAGCUGCCCGACGAUGAUCGCAGAGGCAUCCAGGCGAUUUACGGUAGGUUGAUUUGCGAAGUGAAUCGAGAUUUCACCGGACAUAUUUUCAGCGGUGUUCGCUCUUUUACCGACCUCUGAGAAAUAUUAGCGUCACAAAGAACAUCCAAAUAAUCUUAGUAUUAAACGAAAAUAAAAGACAGGACUGCGUACCGCCUCAGUGGUCUAGUUGAGAUCUUUGAAAUACUGAAGCACAUCAUGGACAUUUUCAUGCCUGGACGGGUUUCAAAUUCACGUUUAUCAUGCAGACAUUUGAUGUAUCAUAAAAAGGAGAUGCAGCUGAAUCUAAUUGUUGAUAUUUUGCCGUUAUAUCGAGUACAGAAGACAUAAAAUACUGAUGAUUGUGCCAUUUAUUGAUUGUUGAGACAAUUCGCAAAAAUCUUAAUCUUGAAUCUUGAUGGUGGAGCUUGUCUAAAGUCUUUGGCUUUGUGGUAAAUCAGACACUUCAGACAGAGGAAAUAGUCCUUAAAAACAAUAAAACUUCCUUUAGGAACUUUUUUAGCCCGUUUGAAUGUUUCAACAGCUAGAGCAAAAUAAUAAACACUUGUUGACAUGCAUAAAUUCGUCUUCCUCCCCAGUAACUGUUUUACUUACCUUUCUCACGACUUCUCUCCAACAGGAACCAAGUCCGGGGCUCCUCCUCCUCCUCCUGCACCUCGACCCACAAAGUCCUCCUACCCUGGCGUUGGUCCAGACAUCUGCGAGGGACACUUCGACACCAUUGCCAUCCUGAGAGGGGAAAAGUUCGUAUUUAAGGUAAUUAGUCAAGGUCCUGAAAUAUUUAAGGGAGUCGACAUGUAGUAGAAACCUGACUGUUAAUCAGCUUCAUCACAUUAAUCUUGUUAUUUACACCUGAACUUCACCUGCUGUGGCAUGUCAAUAUGUCUUUGGGGGACGAGGCCUGUUGAGGCUCAUAAAGAGUUAGCGUUUGAAAGACAGAAAAGUUUGGCUCGCUUAGUCGUGGUUUUUGUUAAUAAUUAAAAAAGGUGAUUUUAAAAAAGAAAGAGAAAUUCUCAAAAAUGACUUAAAUGUGACUUGUCCUAAUUUAACACCCAAAAAAUAUACUUAAAAAAAAACCUGAAAUUUGAUUCCUUCUAGAAAUAAAUGCAUAUGAAGCAGUUUGUCAGAGCUCAGUUUUGUACGUAGUGACUUAGUUGUGCAGGUAAAAUGCAAAAACUCACCUUUUUUAUUUGAUUAGUGUAAAAAACACAACCGGGGUGACAACUAUUGAUGAAAGCCGUCAUCAAAAAUCUGUCAAGUUAAACUGUUUUCUCAAAGUUUCACAGUUUUCAAACACGGAUAAUUGCAUGACUAUUCUGUCCGAUUCAUUAAAUCUGAAGGAAACAAAAAGAAAACUUGAAUAUUUUUGUGUUUCGUUCAGUCUGAUCUCGAUGAUUCUGUAUUUCUGACGUUUCUGCGUCUGUGUCUCCGCAGGAUAAGUGGUUCUGGCGUGUGCGUAACAACAAAGUGUUGACAGGUUACCCCAUGACCAUCGGUCACUUCUGGAAGGGCCUGCCUUCAAACAUCAACGCCGCCUACGAGAGGGAUGAUGGGAAAUUUGUCUUCUUCAAAGGUUGGUCCAAUGUGACCUCAGAUUAAAUCCAGGUUUUUGAAAGAUGACAGCUGCCCGGCUGAUGAUUUACGUGUUUCCUAUCAUGACUCCUCUCUGAUCUUUCACCCUCUUCAUCUCCAGGCGACAGGUACUGGGUCUUCAGUGAGUCCACCAUGGACAAAGACUCCCCCAAGAGCUUGAAAGACCUCGGGACCGGUCUGCCUAAAGAUAAAAUCGAUGCUGCUCUCUUUUACACCCCGACAGGACAGACGUACUUCUUCAGAGGCACAAAGUAAGUCACAGAAAUCUGAUCUGGGUUCAGCAGGUUUAAACACGUUAUCUUUGGAUUUCAAAGAGGUUUUUCUGAAUCAGUCAUUCAUGUGUGGUAGAUAAAAUCACCUUCCUCUCAGCCAAAACAAACGACUUUAUGUACAUUUGUUAUAACUUGUAAAAGCUCAAACUUCCCAGAGCUUAUCUCUGAACUUGUUUUGGAGGUAGCGUUCCUCAUGUCAUUCCCCUGACUCACCCGUCCUGUUUUCAAUCCUGAUUAAACAUUUCAACUUUUUCGUCUUUUUCUGGGCAUUUUUUCCAGUAUUUAGAUUAUUCAUCAGUGGAAAGAACAGAAGCUGAUAGUAGAGAGAGAGAAAAAGGAUGAUGUUUAUCAAACUAUCUAGAUGAACCUCGCUGAAAUCAACUUAAGUCUUUUUAAAAGCUGUUUUUAGAUCCAGCUUAGCUCUCGUCUCACUUCUGUGACUACAAGUCUGAAAACUGGAAAAUUUAAGGGGUGUAAUAUUUGACAGAUUUGUGUCCAAGCUCGCCAGCUGGUUGCAUUUUAGGGAAUGUAGUCAGCAAGUUUGACAGGGAAGAAGAAGAAAUGGUUUCAUCCCCUCCCGUUUUUUCUAGUGUUUUGAAGACAGAGAGUCUGAAAGAUGUUUAAAAAGAGUCCUAAAAAACAGCAUUUGUCAUUUCUGUGUUGCUCUUCAUUAAAAAUGUUUCCUCAGAGUGUUACAAGAAACAACACUGAGGUCAUGAACUCUGGUGUAACGCCAGCUGUGCCUUCGACAUCUACAUAAAUCACCCGAAGUUCCCUUUUUGUUUUUAUUUUUAACUCCACAUCUUCAGUGAUUUGAUUCCUUUGCUUCAUUUACAGGUAUUACCGUUUUAAUGAGCAGACUCGUACCGUGGACAACGGCUAUCCAAAGCCUAUUAGCAUGUGGAGCGGAGCGCCGGAAAACAUUAAAGCUGCCAUCAUGAGCGAAGACGGAUGUAAGUUUUUCUUUGUUUUAAAGCUCCUGUGAAGAAUUUUUUUCAUGAUUCUUUUUUUAAUAUCAGACUUUGGUGGCUUUCACACUAGAGCUGUUUGGUCCGGACCAGAGUUCGUUUCCUCGGAUAGUCCGCUUAGUUUGGGCAAGUGUGAAAAUUAAUCCGAACUCUGGUGCGGACCGAACAAGCGAACUCUGGUCCGCCUGAAAACGUGGGUCUCGGUUCGCUUGCAAGUGAACCCUGGUUCGGUUUGUUCGGUUCCUUGUUGCUAUGGCAAUAAGUGACCGCUGACAUUAGCAGUUGCUAGCUAGCUUAGCUCAAUUGUCUGAACAACAAUAACCCAUAAAUUCACAAUUUGGCGUAUUUAAACAAAAUCAAAUCACAACUACCGACAGUCACGGUCCUUAAACUCUGAGCUCAUAUGUUGUCACGUGUUAGAUCGUCAAAGUUAGAAAAAUAACAGGAUCAAUCCCUGACAAGCUACGUUAGCAUCAUAGGAACAGUUGCGUUCGCUAACGUUGUAGCAUUCCAUGCAAUAAUGUGACGAAGCACAAAACAAGAUGGCUAGUCCACCCCUGUUUGUAAUCCGUGAGGUUACAUACCCCUCCUACUUUGUCUAAUCGACGAGCGCCCCUUUCAACCACGUGAUGCUGCUCAGAAAGUUCGGUGCGCUUUAGAAAUCACAGAGUGAAAGCAGAACCGAAACAAGUGAUAAAUGCAACAAUGUGGCGACUUUCGAAAGCGACCUUAAACUAUUUUUUUUUUCCUUUUUUUUUACUUUUUCUAGCGUACACAUAUUUCUACAAAGCCAACAAGUACUGGAAAUUCAACAACCAGUACAUGAAGGUGGAGUCCGGCUACCCCAAAUCUGUGCUCAGCGACUGGAUGGGCUGUGACAGCGAGGAGCCCAAAAAGGGUCGGGAAGAGGAGGUGAUCAUCAUCGAGGUGGACGAAGCGCAGAGCGGGGCGGGGCCGGCGGCCGUGGUGAUCCCUCUCCUCCUGCUGGUUCUGGUCGUGGUCACUCUGGGAGCGCUUUUGUUCUUCAGGAAGUACGGCACGCCUCGACGCCUCCUCUACUGCCAGAGAUCUCUGCUGGACAAGGUUUAGACAGAGCGACGGGUGAUUGACAGACAGACUGCAGACGAGAGGGAGGAGAAUGAGGAGAACGAGGGCCGGGCGAAGAUGGAAACUGAGAGGAGGAAAAAAAAAUGGAAGAAGAAGAGAGAGAAACUGGAGAAAAGACAGGAAAAGAGGGAUGGGAGGGUGAAUUUGGGUGGUUUGUAUGUGCCACAUAUGAGAGAAACAGGCGAUAAAGGCCCUAGAAACUGAAAUCAGGAAAAUGUGUAUUUGUAUGUUAAAUAUUUACAUGUACUGUUCAGCGUCCAGAGAUCAACAACAUACCGAAAAAUCUCUACAAAGACUCACAUUCAUCAGCAACUUCCCUCCCUCCUGUCUUCCUCUUCUUUAACUGGACGACUCCAGCUGAACUGCUGUCUGAUUCAUGUCCACGAUUAGAAACCUGUGGCUCGCUCGAAAUUCGUCAUCUCUGGGAAAACAUUGGCUGACAGAAAAUCUUUGUUUGAGUAGGUAAAUCAUUUCAUUGUGACAGGUUCAGACUUUCAUCUAUUCUGUGGGUAAAGUAUUGGUAUUUGCCGGUCCAGUAUUUCCUGUAUUUUUAUAUUUUUUGGAUAUCAGGCGCACACUUUGUCGGUGUUCGCUGAAACGUGUCAGCUGAACUGACACGGCUGAAUGUCUGGUUGCAUUUUUUGUUUUCAUUCUCAAAUUCCUCCUGAUUUAAUUCGGAAAGUUUGGUCACUUUUAUGAAGGAGUAAUCGUUGUAAUUCUGUCCAAGCGGAAAUAACUCAAAUCUAAGAAUAAGGUACUUAAAAAGCGGUACUCCAAGGAUGAUUUUAGUCUGCUGGUCAUUCAAGACUCCAGGGGUUGACUGAGAUCGUUUUUUGGGCCAAUAAUGAUCAAACGUGUUUUAUGAGACUGAUAACCAGGUUUGAAUCUCUGCAUUCAAAGUGAAAAUGACCAUUUUCCUGUUAAAAUUGAACUUAAAGGCUUUUAAUGAAGGUUUAAAGCUCCUGUGAGGAUUUUUUUGACAUCCACUGAAAUUCAUACUGAUGCUUUUUUAUGAUAUACAAAGGCAAACAAAACCAGCAGCAACAAAAAUAUGAUUCCUAUCCUGACAUUUUUAACGCCUGAAAAUAGUGCGAGGGGGUAGGCGUCAGCAGAGCCGCUGCAGAGAAACCUCAAAUGAUAUUUGAGUGUUGAAUGUUAGCAACAUGUAGGAUUUUUUUUGCUGUUUAAGCACGUAGAGGACAAGUUAGCUCUGUCUGCAGGGGGCGCCAAAAUUGACACAAAGGGAAAGUCCCUCACUGGAGCUUUAAUCAAAAAGGAAACUUAAGAGCAUACUGCACAGGAGGUCACAGCCAUAGACUGUAUAUACUAUGGACAAAUUGGUUUCGCCUCCCACCAGUAUACGGAUUUGAAGUAUUUCUGGGAUUUUUCUUCACUUCCUGAAACCAGUGCUGCGCAGUAGCGUUGUACGCAUUCGGCGGGAGAGUUGCUGUGAUGAUGCUCGGCUCAAACAGCGUAUCCCCCGGUUGAGCUACGCAAUCUUCGUACACCCAUAGGCUGUAUCAAGUGUCAGUCUUAGAAAACAAAUAAAUCUCUAAAGUUAAUCCACAGCUCCAUUAGCUUUGCUAGUGGAGGCAGGAUUUAUGACCUAUACUGCAGCCGGCCAACAGAGGGUGCUGUUCUCAGAGUAGCUUCACCCAGCAAGGAGGCAGACUCUGUCCAUUCUAUAUACAGUCUAUGAUAGCAGAACAGUUACACCUACAGCAAUCAGAAAGUGUUGUGGGCGGGGCUUUAAGUGAGACAGACAGGCGAAGGAAAACAGAACUAAACUGAUCGGUUAAUUUUAUGAGCGAUCAGUGAAACACGACACCAAUAAAUAUAAUCAGCUGACUGUCAAAUGUUAUUUUUAUAGAUUCAAAAAAAUGCAGAUUUGUUUUGCUAAAUCAGGACUGAAGUUGGUUUUCAGAGGUACCCCUGUUUUAAAAUCUAAAAACAAAGACAGUCCUGAAGGUUCGAAAUCUUUAAUAUUUCUAUUCUUUACAUCCUGCUACAAUCUCCGAAGAAAUCGCUUCAACUUUAGCACAAAUAUUUUCCCAACUUUAGGAUAUAUAACCUAGACAGAGCUGUGUUUCCAAAGUGACACAAUGUUGAAAAAAAAAACACAUUUAGCGAAGAUUAAAAUGGUACCACUAUGGAAGAACUUUGGACCGCUAAAGUCGGACUCAAUGUGAGGUUAUGAAGGUGUUUUUAGCUAAAACUAGAGAAAACGCUCCCCAUGGUACAUAAUGAAGAUGCUGUAUUUCAGUGUGUAAGGAUAAGUCUCUUCAGUGUAAGCAGUCAGACGAGAGAAAAACUCUUAAAAACAUUCCAGUUUGUUGUUGAUCUUUGCUGCUUUUGUCAAUAGGCGGUACAGUUUCCAACAUUAUGGUGCAAUUUUUUUAAUUAUCGUUUUUUUAUGGGAAAUUGUUAUUAUAAGUAUGGUUAUUGUUAUUAUUGUUCUCCUGUUAAAGUUAUAAUAUUUUGUUUUGUUUUUGUUUUUGUACAUUGUCACUCGGAGUCCUGCUGGACAGAGGCAUAACGUGACGAUGAUGGAGAUGAAUUCCAGUUUACGCUCAGUUUGUGGUGAAUUCGAUCAGAUCAGGGCAGAAAAUGUGAGUUCAGGGGGUUUUUGGUCUCAAAAUGACCCGGCACAGAAUAACAAGCAAUGCUAUUUAUAAACUCUGAUGGUGCUCAAUUGUUUAGUUUUUUUAAUUUUCUACACAAACCAAAAACUAAAAGUGAUUUCAUUUAAAUAAUAACAAUGAUAAUGGUAAUGAUAUUUAUAAUGAUGAUCAUAUCAAUAAAAUGGAAUGAGAUUUUU